CUUGACCUGCAGUGUGCCGAUGGAAGGUCACAAAGAGUCAAGUCCAGGAUUUGCAAAAGGAUAUCUCAAUAUGGAUUCGAACUCGACCAUGAUGUAUUUGCCCCAGGCUUCCCUGCCAAACCUUGUAACUACACUAUUCGACAACAUGAACCUCAACGCGACCAGUGCGCCGUCAUUGCUUGGAUCGACUGAUCAUUCUGCCGAUAGGUUAUUACCAUCUACCGAUAGAUCAGUUCCUGUAUUUCUGAAAUGUCUCUCGGGCUACAGAAUGAAAUCUUUCAGUAGUUGGAGACGCUAUCUUCGAUUCACCCUCCAUGUGCCGUUGAUGAUAAUAAUCGGCGCUCUUGGUUUAGCUGGAAAUAUUCUUUCCUUUUUAGUCAUCGGACGAGAACGACCUUUUACUUCAACUUCUAUCCUCCUCCGGGCUUUGGCGGCUGCAGAUAGUAUCGUCUUGAUUGGGUUCAUCUUGCGCAAUACCUUACGUCGAAUUCACUAUUAUGUUGUUUUAAUAAACGCAUACAUGGAGUUUUAUCACCUGACUUUACCCUAUCUUAAGGUCUUGCGAGGGUUUGGCAAGACUGCAUCAAUAUUAUUAACUGUGAGCGUCGCCGUGGAGCGGUUCAUAGCUGUUUGCAAACCGCUCAAAGCUGCAUCGAAAUGUACAAAAAGGAACGCCUAUUUCACAGUUGCGGGUGUUUCUAUAGUUUCAUUCAUUUACCGUUUACCUAUCCCAUUCGGCUACAAAGUCAAAUAUUAUUACGACCCUUGUGCUGGGAGAUUGAGGCCAAAAUAUGCCACCACCGACCUAUACUAUAAUCCUAUUUACUAUGUGGGUUACGUUACCCUUCUUGCGCUGGUGAUGAAGGCCAUUUUCCCUAUCGCCAUCUUGACAGUCAUGACCUUUCGUAUUUUAAGAGCGCUCAGAAAGUCGAGGAAUAUUGAUAUUUCUUCGUCAGGCACCCAAAACAAAGAAGCAAGUUUGGCUACCAUUAGAGUGAUGGCAGUGGUGAUCGUAUUUAUUGUGCUUGAGUUACCAGAGGGCUUAUACCAGAUAAUAGGUGUCGUCAGGAUUUUCUCGCCGCAGUCUGUUGAGAGCUAUUGGAGCGACCCCACCUACUACAUAUCACGUUUUUUGACCCAAAUUAAUUGUUUUAUUAAUUUCUUCAUUUAUUGCGCGACGGGGAGGCGAUUCAGAAGAAGUGUGGUGGAGGUUUUCAGCAAAUCAUGUAAAAAAACAACAGAAUUACGAAACACAUAGAUCAAUCAUUUUAUUUAAGCGUUAAGACGUGUAGUUUCUUUAACGUGAGGCUGGUGUCGGUUUUUACAAAAGUGGUGGUUAUAUUCAGUAUAGUGGUUGUAAAAGCUCUUGAUCGAUCACCAAAAGUUUGGAUAUUCGAGUAUGUACCAGACUGUCUAGAUAGAGCCUUAUACACAGGGGUAAGUGU